UUCGGAAUGUCGCAAAUCCUAUUAACUAUUUGUUUUCUUUCACGUUUUUAAUAAAGAUAUUACGUUUGGAUUUUUUAUGUUGAUAUAUGCUGAAAGUGUUAUGUUAUCAUACAGUAUAUUUACAAGAUUAACAGAUUCAAGCAUUAUCAACUUAGGUAUCCCCCACAAUCCCAAAAGUUUUUUUAGGGAAAUUCAAGGGUUUUCAGGAUGUAAUUAAGGGCUUCCGGGGUGGGGGACGUUGCACUGCACCAGAGUUUUCUUUGGAGUAGUUUUUAAAUGGAUAAGUAUGGUCUCGGUGAUGUCAAGGGAAAGAAGGCAAGAAUUUUAAUAUAUACAAUAUGUAUUCUAUCACUCUGUCGGCUUAAGUUUAACAAAAUGAGUGACGGACCAAUGGUCCUGCUUGAAACGCUCAGUGAGCGGUUUGGUGAAUCCUGAUGCCUCUGUAUCCUUCACUUGAACAAAUGAAGUUGAGCAGUCUUCUGGAGAGUCAAGGUGGUGGUGGUGGGGGUGUUGGUAGUGGCGUCGGUGGUGGUUAUAUGACUCCUUGGGAACCUCAGUAUGAUGAUGCAUCAGUAGCAAUGCAACCAAUACAAUCACAUGCUGAUCUUCUUAGAAAUAUGGGUUACGAGGCAACCUCUUUUCAUUUUAACAAUCUUGGUGAACUGGUUCCUUCUAAUCCCUCAGGGGCUAUGAAAAAUGAUGACUAUAAUCAGGCUGGCGUUAAUACAGACUGUGCAUCAAACUCCAUGGCACUUUGUCCUGUUGCACCAAGUGGACCACUGGCUCUUUUUCAACAUCAUGACAUUUUUGACAAAGUGGAAAUUAAAGCAGGAAUUAGACUUGUAACUCUUUGUAAAAAUGAUAGUGGUAAGGUUGGAAUUCAAUUGAAGGAUAUAGAAAAAGGUAUAUUCGUUUCUUUUGUGGAAGGAGGGUCACCAGCUGCACUGGCUGGUGUACGUUUCGGUGAUCAAGUCUUAGAGAUUAAUAAUAUUUUAGUAGCUGGUUAUACAGGAUCAAAAGCAAUGGAUUUGCUUAAAAAUUCUUCACCUAAUAAUAUCAGAUUAGCAAUUCGUGAUCGUCCAUUUGAACGUGUUGUCACUGUUCACAAAGAUGGUAUUGGUACUGUGGGUGUAGAAAUUCGUCAUGGAUUAAUUAAAGCUAUUGUUAAAGAUUCAAGUGCUGCACGUAAUGGUCUACUCACUAAUCAUCAUAUUAUUGAAGUCAAUGGGAAAAAUGUUGUUGGAUUAAAAGAUAAAGCGUUGACACAAAUAAUUGAUGAAUGUACCGGGCCAGUGAAAUUCACUAUUAUACCUAAAUCAUUUUAUGAUAAAUUAACUAAAAAUCUUUCAACUGGACAAAUGCGCGUUCAGAUGGAUCGAUCUCUUCCUGUCGCCUAGAUUAUAUUUUAUAUUACAUCAUCACUU